UGAGUAAAUUCUACUUGUAGUUUUCGAUUUCCAUUUGGCGCUCGACCUGAAAAGUUAAGGAUUACAGAGAUCGACUGGUUGUUGCAAGGGAUUUGCCGACAUUUGCAACAAAGUAAGUACGCCUAAGAACAUUAUUUCAAUUGUUGAUCUGUAAAGUAAGAUUUGGUGAAUAAGUGAUACAGGAGAGUCACAAAAAUGUUCUUCUCAGGACUGUAAAUACAUCGGAGUUGUGGACCUUAAGUUUUAUAAAUACACGUACUUUACCCGACUUUAAUCGACUUGGGAAGUCAUGAUUGAAGCACGAGGUUGAAAGUUGUUAAUUUUCAACAGGUACGAGAAUUUACUCUUAACACUGGUCGAUUGAUUUCGACAAAAGUUUGAUAUCACUAUUAUAUGUGAUCAACAUUAUUAUUCACGGGCAUUAUGUUCUGCCGAUGAGCUUCAGUGAGUCCGGAAUGCAAAUUUGUCAUGAAUCAUUGAGAGCCAGUAUUCUGACGAGUACAAAAAUAGAACUCUGAUCUCAACAACAAUCUCGGACGGAAGCAAACCACUGUCGCUAACUGCGGGAAAAUUUAGUUCAGUGAUUCGCCGUCGUAGCUCUGAAACGGGAAAUCCCUUUUGGAAUGAAGUCUGUCGAAAGUAAGCUUCGAAUCAACACUCGUGCGGAAACAAAAGAAUAUUCACUUAGCAAAACAAAAUAUUUUUUUUAAUUUGAUAAAGAAACAGCUGUCAACUUCUUACAGCGAGCGAACCAUAAAUAAACCUACCUUUUAAAAGACAAAGGCCCAUCCCUCCUCAAGUUCCUUUAAGAUCUCGAAAAUUCUGACCCACUUACCUUUUGUUAAUGUAGAUGUAUGUUAAAAUUAGCCGUGUUGAAAUCAAGAAAACGCUGAAAAAUGGAAAAUAAAGUUUUGCUCUUUAGGUAACCAAUUUAGAACAUGGACAGCCCCCCCGAAAAGUGUUUCAACAUCAAAGAAAGACGUGGGCAAAGUCACGCGCAAGCAAGGCUACUCGCGUGGAGUAACUCAGACCUUCAGUCAAGCAACAUAUUCUUUUAGUUUCCUCAGAGAGAAAUUAGAUGUGGCCUUUCGUGCUUAAGCAUCAGAUUUUAAAAUUUAAUUACCUUCGCCGGUGUAGGAUUUGUGUUUCUAGUUGAAAAACCCUGAUGGUCAUUACCUCAAGUAAGCCUCCCAUAUCUGCAAAAGCGAUGCGAUGUCAGUAUUUUCGAUUAAUUUCUCAAAUAUGGAAGACUUAGGGUUGUCCAUUUACUUUGAAAGACAUCAAUAAUUUCAUUCGUAACAUGUUGUAGCCACUUGAUUGCGCUCUUUCAUUUUAACCACUUCUGGUGCUGUAGUAGCCAAGAAGCAUAUUGUUCCUCCAAAGAAAGGCUUCUCAGUCAAGGGAAGUAGUGUCUCCAAAUAUUUUGGGCGCUCCUCCAUACCUAAAAUCUUGCUUGCCUUGAGUUCAGCUCACUGGAUACAUUCUGUGAACUACCAUGAAAAUAUUAUUCCACCAGUGAUGUUCUUCAUCUAAAGGUUUUUCUUUUUGCUCUACAAAGGGUACACAGAAGGCAUGAACUUGUCUCUGAGUGACAUUAAACAGGUCAGGAAUACAUUAAAAAGAGCACCGCCACCAAGGGCUCCAGUGGGCCCUUCCACGGAUCAAAAUGGAGGUAACAAUGGUGCUGUAUCGGUGGAAUCUGUCAGACAAAGAUUUGAACAAAAACGAGUACCACCGCAGAAGCUAAAUUCAACCCCAUCACCAAGUCAAGAUCAUGGCAAACCCACAGAGGAAAAGGUUUUAUCUGUAGCAUCGGCAAGAGCAAAGUUUGAACAAAAGCAGAAACCUGUUAAUAGGGUUCCUCCUCACUGGAAGCAAAGUGAUGGGAACCAGUCUAAAACAGGCUUACCUAUAUUGGAUAAGAACAGUAAUGCCAGUGGGCACAAGAACAUGGAACCACCACGCAAGGAGCUACCUAACGUUUAUAGAAUUGGUGCAGCUCCACCCAAACCUGCCAAACCGAAAAACCUAAGAUUCAUGCUGAGAAAAUACAAGGACAAGAUCGUUUUAUCAAAAUGCCUGACCACUUCGAUUCAGGCAUCCACUAAAGGUAGGCUGAAAAUGUAAAUAUUGUCUAACUAUCGGAUGUGUAGAUGCAUUUUCAGCCCUUUUCGAAGAAGACGUACGCUCUAGAAAUCCAAUGAAAAAGCAUACGACUUCAAUUUCUUACCCUCGUGGUUCGAGUUUACUAACGGCUACCUGAGCUCUGCCGAGAAUUAUGUUUAAACCGGCUACAGACGCCGCCAUUUUGAAAGCAACUCAGUAGCCUAACCGCACGCGGAUGACGUCAUCGAGUGCAAGCCAAAUGUUGGGAAUCACAACAGGCGGGUUAUAAAUCAGUUUUGUUUCGGAUAUCACAAAAUCUCAUUAUUAUAGGCGAUAAUACUUCUGUUGUGACGCAAAUUCAAACUUAGUUCAUGGCCGUGUUAAUAUUCUAAUGAAGGUGGGCAUGGCGAAUUUCUGGUAGCUUUAAUGUUUAUCUCAGGCUUUCAUCUUAUUAUGAUCUGUCCCCAUGCCAAACAGGAUGACUAGUCCCGAAAGAAGAUGGAGAUCCUAAUCAUUUUCAUACCUGAGGGCCCUCCCAGUUAAAAGAAAAAAAAAUAGAAAAAAUAAUUACCUGAUUGAACUACUCAUUCGUCGUGAAUUUGAUCAUCUAACUCUGAAUUUUAGAUGACAAAUAUGAGGACACUGAGGAAGUAUAUGACGACACUGAAGAAUUAUAUGAUGACGUGGAAUCUGUGCAACCAAGGAACGGAGGUAACCUUUGCAAUUUUCUCCCGUCUUUGACGUAGACGUGUAAUUUUAUCCUGUAAGAAUUUAAUGUAGGUUCGAACCCCUAGCUCUAGUAAAUUUUCUGAGCUAAGAUUUGUUUUUCUUUGGGCCAGCGUUGUACGGGGGUCUUACGAGGGGCAACUUGAAUGAGUUAACCCUUCGCUCCCUAACACCAGUAUGUAUAUUCUCCAUACUGGUCUCCAUACAUUUCCUAGGGUGACGACAAAGAGAAUUUGUUUAACAAUCAAGAGCUUCUUUAGUUGAUGAUCAGUUCCUUUAUUCUCAUGACCUUAAUGUGUGAUUCAGGGGGGGAGGGGUAUUGUAAGGAGAAAUUAGAUUAGAUAUUCGGGUUGAGGGAACAAACCUCGCUCAUGGUGGCAGGAUUUCGGGGAGGUAAAUAACCUCCCUUACAAAAUUAUAACCUUUGUAGAUAUGGGCCGUCCAAAAAGGCAUGUGCCUUCUAAGGGGGUAUGAACUGGAGCCCUUUUGGUCUGAGAAAGGAUUUCAGUAGAGUUUGCUAUUAGGGUUUUUAAGAUUUAAAAAUCGGGUAAGACUUUCAAGAAGAAAACGAGAGCAAAUGAACGUUUGGUUUUUUUUUAUCUCCAAAAGAAAAAGUACAUAAAGUGAAGUGACAAAAAGUAGGCCAAAACAUCGAGGGAGGUGACGCCCAUUUCACAUGCUGUUAUCGCCAAACUUAUUGUCAUUUCGUUUCCUGUGUGUGUUGCGUUUUCGUGUCAAUUACAUGUCAGGUUUUGUACAUUUCAUUAGUUGUAUUGUGUACUUAUGGUUGAAGUUUGCACCGUUGCGUAAUGUUACGUAAUCACGGGGAGUGAUUUGUCAGGUUUUGCGUAUGAAUUUAGUCCUGUGUAAGAAGCAGCGUCGUCGUUUACAGAGCCUUAUGGGGAUCAGGUCAAUUUCGUAGUGACAUAAGCGUCAUUCUCCCCCCCCCCCCCCUUGACAAUGAAUAAUGACCGGCCCUGGAUUAUGCAUGCAUUUUGUCAUUCUUAUUAGGUAUGUUAUUUCUUUUCCGACAGAUGACCAAUCAGAUGACAUUUAUGAAGCUGUUUAGCUUGGGACUUGAAUUGUUUUUACCGUCUUCUGUAUGGCCAGUUGUGGUGGAUGAGGUCAUAGUCACACUAAAGGAAAACUAUCAAUCUUGAUGAAAAUUUUAUUAGAAUUUAUGCGCUAUUUCGAGAGAAUACUGAAAUGAACUUCAAAUUAAUAGGCUUUGGUUCAUCUCCACCUCAAAUUGUGGGUGAACAUACUGGAGUAAACAAGUAUAAAGACAAAAUGUGUUAUAGUAAUACUGACUGAAUGUGCACGAGUUAUUUACCUUAAAACUAUUUUGCUGUUUAAUUUCAUUUUCGAUGUAAAGCUUUCAAACUGGCUAUUAACUAGACUAUAGACAGCUGCCUAACUAUACAUCGUGGUAAUAUCAAAAGAUGUAGAAAAAAGAUAAUUUAACAGUCAUAGUUUUGGCGAAAACGAACUAAAAUGUAUUUGUAUUAAGAGCAUAGGUUUAUAACGAAAAUGUGGUGCUGUGUCGGUGGGGGGAAUAAUACACCAUUUAGUUUUAUCGACAGAGUACAUAAGUAGUUUUUAAAGUUCUACAGUGGCCAAUGUACAUCAUCAUUAUUAUUAUCAAGUUGGUAAAUAAUGGUAAUUGAACUGAGUGGAAUGCAAUUUGGUCUGGGAUCAGACGUGUGAUUUGCGAUCACAAGUAUGAUUUUAGACCAAAAUUUCAUGACAAGAAGUUCCAUCACCACUUUAUUGCAUUUUUUUGAGAUCGCAAAUUCAAUCCCCAAAACAAGUUUCGCCAUUUUGGUUUGUAAAAAUAUUUCAUUGAUUCAGCAUAUUAAAACGGUUUUUAGAGAGUUGCAAAAGUUGUCUCUCAUUGUCCUGAAAUUUGACUGAUUUCUAUAAUCAAGCCUCAGCUCAAAUUUGAGUGGUUGUUGUGUUUUAGAAAAGCUGCGAUCUAGAGCAUGAAAUGGUGCAAUUUGUGAAUAAAUCGCACCAGUGAAAGCCAAUCAGAUUACAAGGAUC